AUGUCACCGCGCCGGUCAUCGCGGGCUCGUACCACGCAGCCCCCGCCCGGCGUCACCGCAGCGCACAGCACAUCCUCCGCCUCCACCACAUCUUCCCGAGGUGGCGACAGAGCGACGAGAAUUAAUCAUAAGCAGUCUUCGCCGCAGAAAUCCUUGACCCCACACUCGCUCUCUUCGGACGAGCUCGACGAGCCGCCUCGCGAUCUGCAGGCAGAGCCGCCCUUGACUCGACGGCGAACACGCGAACAUGACAACGACGGCGACGAGUUCGCAAAGCUCGAUGACGAGCUAGACGAUGAGAUUGCCGAAGAGGAUGAGGUCACACGCUGUCUGUGCGGCCAGCAGGAGUAUCCGGGUCAACCCUCGGAUGCCGGCAAGUUCAGAGACGGCCAAUUGUCCUCUGUGAUAGAUUCUGACCUUCAAGGGGAUGAUGCAGGCGGUUUAUUUAUCCAAUGCGAUAUUUGCAAGGUCUGGCAGCAUGGCGGGUGCGUCGGCAUCAUGGAGGAAGCUGCUAGCCCCGACGAGUACUUCUGCGAGGAGUGCCGCAAAGACCUCCACAAGGUUAUGACAAGUCCCAAGGGACAGAAGUACUCCCGAUACCUGCCCGUAUGGGACCAACAACACGGGAAGAAUGCUCGUAAAGGUUCUUUAUCGAAAGAAUCUGACAAAACGCCGAAAGACAAGGACCGCCUUAGUAGAGCAAGCGUAGAGUCCUUCAGCAAACGGCGAUCGACAAUGAACAGCAGAGCGGCCUACGACGAGGAUGAGGUUCUCCGCAAGGUGCUAGAAGAAAGCAAACACGAAGGCGCAGUGCCGUUGUCGGAGAAUGGCAAUCGCAAGAAGCGCAGCCGGGACGACAGCGAGGAGGCUAAAUCUGAGGUGAAACGACAGCGGACGAGUUCCAGAUCUCCCAGUGGCUCUCCAGUAUUUGAAUCGGACGACGAAGGCUCCAAAAAUGCGGCGCCGAAACAAAAACCACGCGGAGCAGCUGCACGAAGUCAACGCGAGAAGGAACAGCGGGACAAAGAGCGCGAGCGUGAGCGUGCUGAAGCGGCCAACAGACGAAAAGGUCGUGCUGAAAGAAGAAAGGGAGACGAAUCAGAACCACCAGAAGCGCUACCCGCCGAAGAAUCAUCCAUGCCUACACCUGCGGAAGAACCGGCUCCUGCAGAGUCCCCCGCUGUUGAACCCAAACCCGCUCCCGCUCCGAGGAAAGGCGGACGGCCUCCGCAAAAACGUCGACUAGGUCGAAAUCAAUAUACUAGGGACGCGCCAAUGGCCGCAACCAACGGUGCCUCGCCGGCAGUGGAUGAUAUACCUAAUUCUCCCCAAGUGAACGGCACUGGGAAUGGACACGAUAGUAGCGAUGGCGUUGCAAGCGGAAAAGUCGGCAAGCCGAAGAACUGGCGGCUGCAGAAGCUUUCCUGGCACGACAUCCGACGACCCGCAGGUGCUAUGCAGAAUUACAUAUCUCAGCGCCAAGUUGAAAUGGCAGGAGAGAAGCCUGCCCCGCCUGUACAGGAACCUACAACAACGAACGGUAUCCAGGACCAGGAUGAUACGAACGAAAACGGCGUCCAAGAGGAUCUGGACAAGUUCACGAAGCUCAGUACUCUACAAAUGAUGGACUAUAUUAGCAGGGAUCUCACACAUUGGCAGCAGAUGAUCAGUGAGCCGAACGGGAAAUGA